AUGGACGUCGCCCAGGCAAUUUCUGGGUACAUCAAUAAGAUCAUUACGACGGCCGAUACGUCGUCUGCCAAGAUGAAGAUCCUCCUUCUUGACAGGGAAACUGUUUCUAUCGUCUCUACCGCAAUCACACAAUCUUCCCUUCUCAGCCACGAGGUCUACCUCAUCGACCGUCUGGACAGUGCAACCCGCGAGAGGAUGCGACAUCUACGCUGUAUCUGUGUCGUGCGGCCAUCACCCGAAACCAUCCAGCUGCUCAUAGACGAGCUGCGAGACCCCAAGUAUGGAGAGUACCAACUGUAUUUCACAAACGUGAUUAAGAAGUCAUCACUGGAACGCCUAGCCGAGUCGGAUGACCACGAGGUGGUCAAGUUGAUUCAGGAGCAUUAUGCCGACUACACCGUCAUCAACCCGGAUCUUUUCUCCAUCGGCCUCACACUUCCCCAACGCCGCAUUUGGGCCGGCGGCCCCGAUACUUGGAACCCCGACUCCCUACAACGCUGCGCCGAGGGUCUUCUAGCAGUGCUACUAUCGCUUAAGAAGAAGCCUCUCAUCCGAUACCAAAAGACAAGCCCCAUCGCCAAGAAACUGGCAUCCGAGGUCCGGUAUCUAAUGACACAGGAAGAUCAACUAUUUGAGUUCCGUUCAGUGGACACGCCCCCAAUCCUUCUUGUACUGGAUCGUCGAGAGGACCCCGUGACGCCGCUACUUACACAGUGGACAUACCAGGCCAUGGUGCAUCACCUCCUGGGCAUACAGAACGGCCGUGUCGACUUGAGCGACGUGCCCGACGUUGGACCGGAUCUGAAGGAGAUUGUUUUGUCCCAGGAUCAGGAUCCUUUCUUCAAGAAGAACAUGUUUCUCAACUUUGGUGACCUGGGAGGCAACAUCAAGGAGUACGUUGGCCAGUUUCAGUCCAAGACUAAGAACAACGAAAACAUUGAGUCAAUAACCGAUAUGAAACGAUUUAUUGAGGAGUAUCCCGAGUUCCGCAAGCUCUCUGGCAAUGUUAGCAAACAUGUCACGCUGGUUUCGGAACUCAGUCGGAGGGUAGCAGCGGAGAACUUGCUCGAGGUCAGCGAGCUAGAACAGAGCCUGGCCUGCAACGAGAAUCAUGGAACUGACGUCAAGAACAUCCAACGACUCAUCCAGUCUCCCAACGUCACUCCAGAAAGCAAGGUUGGCCUAGUGGCCCUGUAUGCUCUUCGAUAUCAGAAGCAUCCCUCAAACUCGCUUGCCAUGCUCACAGACCUCCUCGUUGCAGCUGGCGGUGUGCCCCAUCGGCAGGCAGAGCUUGUCGACAAGUUGGCAGCAUACCACGCAUCGCUUCAGGCGUCUCAGUCCCAAAGCGGAAUCUCGGAAAUCUUUGAGUCAGCCGGCAUCUUUUCUGGAGCGUCGAGCCGUUUCAAGGGUCUCAAGGGUGUUGAGAAUGUCUACACGCAGCACAGCCCACUUCUUGAGAGCACCCUCCAGAACAUGAUCAAGGGCAGGUUAAAGGAACAGCAGUAUCCGUUCGUAGAGGGUGGAGGCACGACCAAGGACAAGCCUCAGGACAUUAUCGUAUUCAUUGCCGGUGGCGCUACGUAUGAGGAGGCAAAGAUGAUUGCAGGGCUAAAUGCGACGAGUCCCGGCGUGCGAAUCGUGCUCGGCGGUACAACCAUCCACAACUCGGCCUCGUUCUUGGAAGAGGUUGAUGAUGCUGUCACCUCAUGGCCAGAGGCUCGGGGCAGGCGAUAA